CCCUGGCCAGCGUUGCCCUGCUCAGAACACAGGAGCUGCUCCUGCCAUCCCCUGCCUGCUGCUCCCCAGGGAACUGCAGCUCUGGGACAGGCUCCCUUGGCACACAGGUCUGAUUGGUUGUCUGGUACUUCAGCGGUGGCAGACAGGACAAUGGCUGCCAGCAAGGGCAAGAACCAGAGUUCCUUGGCACUCCAUAAAGUAAUCAUGGUUGGUAGUGGAGGUGUAGGAAAAUCUGCGCUCACUCUCCAGUUCAUGUAUGAUGAGUUUGUAGAAGACUACGAACCUACCAAAGCUGACAGUUACAGAAAGAAAGUAGUUCUAGAUGGUGAAGAAGUUCAAAUAGACAUUCUGGACACAGCCGGACAGGAGGAUUAUGCUGCAAUCAGAGAUAACUAUUUCCGCAGUGGGGAAGGAUUUCUUCUAGUCUUCUCAAUAACAGAGCAUGAAUCCUUCACAGCUACUGCAGAAUUUCGGGAACAGAUUCUGCGUGUGAAGGCUGAAGAAGAUAAAAUACCUUUACUGGUAGUAGGAAACAAAUCUGACUUGGAAGAGCGCCGACAAGUGCCUGUAGAAGAGGCUAGAAGUAAGGCAGAAGAGUGGGGUGUGCAGUAUGUAGAGACCUCUGCCAAAACUAGAGCAAAUGUAGAUAAGGUAUUCUUUGAUUUAAUGAGAGAAAUCAGAGCAAAGAAAAUGUCUGAAAACAAAGACAAGAAUGGCAAGAAGAGUGGAAAGAACAAGAAAAGCUUUAAAGAAAGAUGUUGCUUACUGUGAUGCUUGGAGACUGUGUAUAUCUAUCUACAAAUGCCAUGGAUAAGAUACCACUAAGGAUAUAGGGCUGGAUUCAUGAAAGGAAGUCUGUAUUGACUCCCUUAUCUUUUGCUUUGCAUAUCAUACCUUCAAAAUGUGAAAACAACUUUGAAACCAUUUCUGGUAUCCAACAAAACCUAUGCCUACUUAAACUGAAUUAUCUCUGUCUUCCCAGUGUCUUUCAAAACUAGAAACUAUAGAAUGAUUGUAGUUCUGAAACCUCAAUUUGGUUAUAUGAAGUUCUUUUAUAUUAACUUCCUGGUUUAAUGUUUCAGAAUAUGUUUCUUGAACCUCUCCUGGCCUUAACAAGCACAGCUGUUCAGGUUCAAACAGUUUUUUCACUGUUGCUCUUAUUAAUGUUGCAAACUGCAGAAAAGCUGGAUGACAACUAGUCAGAGUUUCUCUGUCUUCUGUUAGUGGUUACUGAGUUGUUAGAUUGAAAUUUGCUGGUUUCCUUCUUACGCUCCACGUAAAUAGCAACUGACACUUGAGUCAACUUGAAAAAAACUUCCUUCCAUGUUCUGUUCAGUCAAUAUGGCAUUCAUGAAUCAAGCCUCAAUUUGGACUUAUUUAGGUAAUACAGAAAAGAUACUUAAAUAUUGGCAUUCCCUGAUGUUCUGUCUUCUCAUCCUUAAAUUAGAGUUAUGGGAUGAGAAAAUGCCUAAGCUUUUCAUCAGAAGGAAUAGUUGCCACAGUCUCCUAGAAGUGCUGUCCUGGAUUUCUUCCAUGUAUUGUGGCUAUUAUGCUCAUUCUGCAUUGGUCAUUCAUCCCCUUCCUGGUACUGGAACAGUGAAAAUCAGUGUUCAUCAGUUCUGUUUAUAUUGGAGAAUGUGUAAUAUGUUGGAAAAGUGGGAACAUCUGCAUCCAUUUCCUGCUGAAAAUGAAAGCUGAGUAAGGAUGGCUCACAUCACAAUCAUGUCUUGGGAUAGGUGAGGCGUACACGCUACCUCUCUAGUUAAUUGGCUAGUGAGUCUUGUUUGCAAGAAGUGAAUGAAGUUAAGCAGUUGCCAUGUCUGUUACUCACUGUUAAUUUUAUAUGUACUGUUUCUGAUGCAUAGCAACCUAGCACAUGGAGAUGCAUGUUGAGUUUUGCUGUCAGUUAUGCAAUGGUGGUCAUGUUUUAAGCAACAAAAACCAGCCUAGAAAUGGAAGAGAAGUCAGUACUCAGCAGGUCUUGUCAGCUCACUGAACUGUUUUCUGAUGCAGUUUAAACUAAGUGUGGUUGCCAAAAAAAAAAUACUUCUGUUGCUGUUGUAGAAUGUAACUGUCUCUUCUGUUUGUGGAGUCUCUCAAUGAAUUAUGGAUAUUUCAAAGGAGUAGACAGACUUGAAGUAGUGACUGUACCUUGCUUUUUAACCAGAUGCUUAAAGCACUAUUGGUGGGAUGAUGAUGAUGCUAUGUGGUUGUUCAGUGAAGCGCACUGCAGCACUAAAUUAACAAAUACUGUUUCUUGAGGUGAAGGAGUAGCAAAUACUGUUCAGUACUUAGUAUUGUGAUUUGAGGAUGAAAAACAUUUUUAACGUGUACUAGAUUGCUCUUGUGCAUUCCACCUCUGAACUUCGGGGAGAAAAAAACGUUAGAUAUCAGAACCUCUGUUGGUCUGAGGUUUUACAGGGAUUUAUCACGCUCAUUGUCUUCCAUAACUAGUUUAACUUGUCAGGCAACUCAUUGGACUGGGGAAACUGUACUAAAUAAAAGGUGCUGUAAUCUUCA